GUUACCACUGGGCAAAUCUGACCAUGACACUUUAACGCCAUCAGACGGAAUCUGCAAGGGAUCGCCAGCUGAUCGGCAGACGCCGCACCUCACUUCCCCUCAUCCCAUGGAGUACAAAGAGGAUGCGUCCGCCUCCAAGGGACACAGCGGAUCUGGUAAACCCACGCCAAGCCAGACUCCAGAGCCCAAUUCUAGUGGACGUUUAAUACAGCAUCAGCAACACAAUGCUGACCCUGGGGGAGGAGGUGGAGGUGGCAGUGGUGUGAUGGUGGAUAAGCGGAAAGAGAUUUUCAGCAAGGACACUUUGUUCAAACCGCCACACAGCAUCCUGACAAUGAGUUACGUUGAGACUGGCUACUCCAAAUCAGGCACAUUGCGAAAGACGCCACACAUGAAAUCAUCUGAGGUGCUUGAUACUCUAGAACCCCAGCCUCCACCUAACUCUGGCCCUUCACCUGCAUCCGGCCCAGCACCUUCAGGUCCGGAACAGGGAAUCCCAUCUACAUCAGAGGCCGCCUUUGACUACUACAAUGUGUCGGAUGAUGACGACGAGGAGGUGGAGGAAGCCUCUCAUAAAGAGACGGCUCCACCAGAGGGAAAAGUUAGGACCGGGGGAGGAGAAAGUGGUGGUGGGGGUGGAGUCAGUGUUGGGGGUGGGGUUGGGGGUGGGACUAUGCAGUGGCUGCUGGAACGAGAGAAAGAGCGCGAUCUACAGAGGAAGUUUGAGAAUAACCUGACUCUUCUGAGCCCCAAGGAGAAUGAGAACACCAACAGCCAGAAGUCAGCGCACUCGGCACGCCUGGACAGUAUGGACAGCAGCAGUGUGACCGUAGACAGUGGAUUCAACUCACCACGGACGCGGGAGAGUUUGGCGUCCAACACCUCGAGUAUCGUGGAGAGUAACCGGCGUCAGAAUCCGGCGCUGAGUCCGGGUCACAUGGGCAGCUCCCUGAUCGGCGCUCCGUUCUCCUUCCGCUCUGUGGCCGAGGCUCCCAGCACGCAGGCCGAGAAACUGCAGAAACCCAACAACUGCCUCGCCUCCAUCACCAGCGUCUGACCCGGCUCGAGGAGAAACACGCAAAAAACAAACAAACACGCAAACGCUCGGGCCGAGAACAAACACGAAACAAACACUAACAAAAACACAAACGCUCGGGCCGAGACAAGCACCUCAAACCUCCACGGGGACUGUUAAACCCAACAGGUAUGGCUUCCACUGACUGUUCGACAGCAUCGCAACAAAUCACUGCAAAAAAGAAGAAAAAAAAGAAAAGAAGGAGAAAAAAAUAGUCCAAAUGGAAAUGAAUCAUGAUUUAUCUCAAUCAGGAAAUUCUCCAGUUAUUUUCAUAACCCGGGAUAGUCUCGAAGUAUCUGCUCAUGGUUUUGUUUUGUUUUUUUCCUCAGUAAUAAUUGUUGUUUUGGGUUUUUUUUCCAUCCUCCUGAUGGAUUGCACUCUGACACGAGGAUCCCGACAGUUUGAAAGAGAUCAGAAAUCCGAAUGUCACACGGAACCAAGCCGGUAUGAGAUCUCAACAUGAAAUUUCACGAUUCAUCAUGUUGUAUGAUAAAAACCAGAGAAAUAAAGUCAUUGUUCAUGACGGCGUUAGCUCUGCUGAUAAAGUAAUAAGAACUGGAGUCAUACUUUUCAUAUUGCUUAUUAAAAAAAAUAAAGAAAUAGUACUUAGAUUGACUUACUAUAAAAGAAAACAAACUUAUUCUGAAAUUAAAGGAUUCAUUUAGGGUUUAAAAAAACAUGAGGACUGUUGACUUUUUUUUUUUUUUCCUUUUUCAGUUGAAAUCCCAGACGAGGCAAAGUGUGUAACGUGUGUGACUGUACAUCACUUAACGGAUUUACCUGUUUCAUUAAAGUUUCUAUCUGACAUUUAA